AUGCGUGUCCACCACGUCGUCCUGCUCGUUGCUGCCGCCAUCCUCGCAACUACCAAUGCGGCCUUAACCCUUCCGCAGUUCAUGAUCAACUCUCCUAAGCUUACCGGUAGUUUACUUACUGCGCAGCAGCAACGGUUCCUACGUACUCCCUACACGGAGGACGAUUCUAUUGAAGAGAGGGGGAUAUCCACCGUCGUCGAGAAGACCAAGGCAUUGCUGUCCUCGUCCAAGGUCUCCGAGCAAACGCUCGAACGCUGGGUGAGGAACGACAAAUCCCCCAAAAAGGCCCUCAUCCGCUUAAAACUUGACAAGGCCGGAGACAAAUUGCUCGAGAAGCCGCAGUUCGAGACGUGGGCCAAGUACAUGACCAUGCUCAACAAGGAGAACCCAGAAGCAGCGAUGAUCUCAACGUUGAGGACUCGCUACAGCGACGACGUUCUGUCCCAGAUGACCAUUACGGCCGAGACGGCGUCGGGUACGAAGGAAAUGGCCGCCAGGCUGCAGGCCGGACAGAGGAGCGUCUGGAUGAGCGAGUGGAAGUCGGCCGACGACGUGUUCAAGCUACUGAAGCUUAAUGUUAACAAGGCUGACAGGAAACUCUUUGCCAACCCGCAGUUCACUGUGUGGACCAAGUACGUGGACGAUUUGAACGGGGGCGAGACGAAGAAGGCGAACUCCGUCAUCGUGUCGACGUUGACGGAUCACCACGGCGACGAAGGUCUGGCGAAGCUGAUCCGUGCGGCAAAGGAUGUCGAAGAAACGAAGACGCUGGCAAUGGACCUACAGAAAGCGCAGGUCGACAACUGGUUCGUUGCAAUGGAAUCCCCGAAGGAUGUGAAAAAGUGGCUGGGCGUCAAGGGAGCGACAUCCGAUACUGCGGAGGCGCAGCUUUAUCAUAAUUACGUCAAAAACUACGAGAAGAUUUUUAGGAAGACUGAGUGA